GAUAAUGGACCACAACAACCCAGUGAUAACAAACCGAAGAUAAUGGCUACUAACAAAGUGUGCGCACCGUGAUUUUCAAAAUUUAAAUAAACAUAAAGGAAGUUGCCUGAAUAUUUAUUGAUUGACCAUAGCUACUAAAGAUUCAAGCACCGAGGAUGAAUAUAAUACAUAAAAAGACCAGUAUCGCUCGAAGUGAGCCGCUGCAGGUAGGCCAAACAGCAAAAGAGGAGGGGAGCACAAAAAGGAUGGCGACUUCUGUGGAAGGAAAUUUAAGACUUUUGGAAACAUUUGAACUGCCUAAAGAGGUAAUGAACUGCAGGUUCAAUCCAAAUGGAGAUUUAUUAGCUGUAGGGUUGGCAAAUGGAGUCAUCAAGGUUUACUCAGUCGAGUCAAAGACCUGUGUUUAUAGCAUCCCAAAUCCAAACUCAGACCUUCCAGUCACAUGCUUGAGAUGGAAGCCAGACACCAGAGACCAAACUUAUGCAAACGUAGUGACUGCAACUUAUGCUUCUGGUGACGUCAAACAGUGGCAUGUCUCCUCGGGAAAAUGCUUGUGGACAGUUAAAGAAGAUCGACAAGUCCUAACGUGCUCUAUCAGCUCUAACGCAGGCAGAUUUCUAACAUCUGGAAGUGAUGCUAAGGUAUACCUUUAUGAUGCAUCCACAAGAAAUGUACUGAACACUUUUGAAGCAAGCACCAAGUACCAGUUCAUGGAUGGUCACACUAUGAGGGUGUUUGUUGUGCAGUUUCAGCCAGAUAACCCAAAUGUAUUUGUUUCCGGAGGCUGGGAUGAUACAGUUCAGUGGUGGGAUGUUCGACAAGACCCUUGCCACAAUAUUCGAAAGAUUGUUGGUCCACAUAUUUGUGGUGAAGGUCUUGACAUAGAACCAACAAGUCUCAAUAUUGUGACUGGCUCAUGGCGCAAAGAUAACAACGUACAAGUCUGGGAUUUUCACAGUGGUAAUCUUAUCAAAGACGUCCCUUCAGAUUUCAACAGGUCAAUGAUAUACACAGUUCAAUGGAAGAAUCCUGACACGAUUAUUACUGGCGGUAGCCACUGCAACAUGAUGCGGUUUAUAAAUUAUAAAUCUAUGACGACGACAGGUAGAUUAAUGGAUUUACCUGGAGCUGUUUAUUCUGUUGACAACAACCAUAAAGGCCCGCAGUCAGCGGUAGCUGUUGGAUGUGCUGAUAAAGUGUUUUUGGUCCAGGGGAUUUAGAUGGACGCUCAAGGUCUUUCUUAAUGAUAUAUCAAUGCAUUUAUGACAUUUAGAACAUAAAUAUACUCGCUAGAUAUACUAUUUAACAUCCAUGUUUGGAAAUAGGGAACCAUUCUAAGUUGCAUUGGCAGGGAAACUCCAAGAUCAUGUUAUCGAUCUAAACCAUGUUCUGGUAUAAACCUUGCUGAUAUUUUUUACUUUGUACAGUAAUUCAUUAUUGAUUUUCACGAAAUCCAAGUCUUUAAACGCAUAAUCAAGAUGUUAAUAUUUGUUGUUUUUAGUGCUGUGACUAGUUUGUACAAUUAUUUUAUUCAGUUUAAAGAUUGAUUGUACAUAUACACUUUCUAAAAAAUCAAAGAAGUUCAAAAAGGCAAUAUAUUUAGGGCUA